AUGAUGAUGAUGAUGAUGAUGAUAAUGAUUUGGAUGAUGAUAAUGAUGAUGAUGAUGAUUUGGAUGAUGAUGAUGAUGAUGAUUUGGAUGAUGAUGAUUUGGAUAAUGAUGAUAAUAAUGAUGAUGUUGAUGAUGAUGAUGAUGAAUUGGAUGAUGAUUAUUAUGAUGAUGAUGCUGAUGAUGAUUUGGAUGACGAAUUUUAUGCUGAUUAUGACGGUUGGGUGAUGAUGAUGAUGAUUUGGUUGAUGACUAUGUUGGAUGAUGAUGAUUUUGAUGAUGAUGAUGAUUUGGAUAAUGAUGAUGAUAAUGAUGAUGAUGUUGAUUUGGAUGAUGAUGAUGCUGAUGAUGUUUUG